AUGAGGGCCUGCUUAGUAUUCCUGUGCUUACUGGCAGCAACAUUCGCCCUGUCUGUAAAAAGUAAACCUCAUGGAAAACAUCAUGGAUUGCAUAAGACUUCACAUACGGCCAAAGAAAAGGACAUUAUCACAGAGGAGGCCAACAAGCCACAGAUCUUACCCACUUUAGUCCCGUUUGAGGCCAGCAGCCAGGAGCAGGAAGAUGAGGAAUUGAGUUCCGAAGACAAUGCUAAUGCUAACAAGGAAGAGGGAGAGGUUGAGGUGACUGAAAGGAGUGACAAAAGCACUGCAGUCCUGUUGAGUGAGGAGGAAUUGGUAGACCUCUUGAAGAAAGAAGCAGAAGAAGAGCAGGAAGCAGAAGAAAGAGCGCUGGAGGAAGAAGAAGUGAAGACGGACAAAGGCAAGGUGGAGUCUGGUGAGUUCACUGAGGAUGAGGAAGCUGAUGUGGAGAAGAAGACGUUGGAUGACAAAUCAGAAAUGGAGGAAGACGCUAAAGAGGUGACAGAAGAAGAAGUGAAGGAAGAGAGGGAGGAAGAUGAAGAAAUGCUGGAAAAAGAAGAAGUGACGGUGGAAAUGAUGUCACCAGAGGAAAAGGAGGAAAAGUCUGUUGAAAAAAUAGCAGACAGAGAGGAGGAAACAGAUGGUAGCACAGAAUCAGAGGUCCCAGUUGAUCUCGACUAUGCUGCUGAUAGUAGCGUCGUACAACCUCUACACAUUCUAUCUGCUAAAAUAAAACCUCACACUGAUGACAUGGAGCCUCUUUCAAAAACAGAUUUUAAAGAGAAGGAAAACAGUGAGAAAGGACUGACAACCAUCGUAGACGACUAUGAACAAGACGUACAAAACACUGAGGCAGUAGACAGUGAGGAAGUGUCUGAUCAGGACCAGGAUGAGGAGUCAGAGGCCAAAUCUAAAGAAAAAAGUUUAGCUGAGAAAGAACCCGAAGCAAAUGUGGAUCCUCAAGAACCAAGGAGCAAUACAGAGCUUGAAUCAGGGUCUCGAGGGACUGGAAGGGAGGAAGAGAAAAGUAAGAAUGACAGUGGAAGUCACACCAAAGGAAAGACAAGGAAGCAAAAGAAGAACCAGAGGGCAAGGAAGCACUCUCCACAGCGUGAUGAGACACAGUCAGGACAGGAACAGAGCCAACAGGAUCCUCAGGAGUCUGAGGGCAGCAGCACUGACAAUACAGUCCACAAGGCCAAGAGGAGAAGGGCAGGAAAAUGGGGUCCUUUAGUAGGAAUGAAUCCAGUGCAGAUAAGAGCCACAGCGGAUCUCUACCCCAGUUCCAGAUCCUCUCUUGAUGGAGGUGGACAUCACCCAGAAGCCCCUACCGAUCCAUGUGACAACUUUCCCUGCAAGCGUGGAAAGACGUGUAAACUUGAUGCGGACAACAAGCCAGGCUGUGUGUGUCAAGCACCGUCAGAAUGUCCUCCCACUGUGAAUGAGUACGAUCAUGUUUGUGGGACAGACAACAAAACAUAUGAGACAUCAUGUGAACUCUUUGCUACUAAAUGCAACCUUGAGGGCACCAAGAGGGGACACAGACUUCAUCUGGACUACACUGGGUCAUGCAAACUUAUACCUCCAUGUGUGGAUACUGAGCUCAUCCAGUUCCCCCUACGAAUGAGGGAUUGGCUGAAAAAUGUGCUGCUGCAGCUCUACGAACAUGACUCCAUGUCUCCUGGCUUCCUCACUCCCAAACAGCGUUUUAGAGUGAAGAAAAUCUUUGAGAGUGAGAGGCGUCUUCAUGCUGGUGAUCACUCCGUUGAGCUGCUCGCGCAGGACUUUGAGAAGAACUACAACAUGUACAUCUACCCAGUGCACUGGCAGUUCGCUCAACUGGACCAACACCCCUCUGACAGAUUCUUGUCCCACUCAGAGCUGGCCCCACUUCGAGUCCCUUUGGUGCCGAUGGAGCACUGCACCUCCCGCUUCUUCCAAGAGUGUGACGCUGAUAAGGACAAGCAGGUGUCCUUUAAAGAAUGGACUUCCUGUUUUGGUAUCAAGAAUGAGGAUAUGGAUGUCAACCAGUUAUUCUGAGCUUCAUUUUUAUCCUCAUCUACUACACAAGCUUGUUGAAGCAGCUCCAGCAGUGCAGCUUGACAGAAGCCUCCAUGAACCUCUGUAAUAUAAGGAUCUCUGACACAUACAAACCCUAAUUUUACCUCCUGCUAUAGAGGGCAAAUGUUGGUGGUUGUUGCUGUUGUUUUGUGUCAGGCUAAGCUUGGACAUUUUGAUCUUUGUUCUGUAAUUUAGACUAAGCUGCUAGAAUCAUUUUAUUAGAAUUUAAGGUUAAGAGGUUAUUUUUAGCUGAUUUUAUCCAGAAAUGGUCUAAUGCAUUCCAAACCGGGGAGAAGUUUACAUCAGCCGAUUAGUAGAAAUGGUGUUGUAUAUAGUACCGGCUUGAAAAGAUCUGUGGUUUGUAUGUUAGAGUGAUUUAGUGCUGAAUUAUUAUCACACAAUGUGUUAUAGCAAUAGAAAAUGUAAAACAAUAACUAUUGUUAUCUUUGCAUACACUGUAAAUGUUUGUCUUUGCUUCCUAUGUUUCACUGUAGCAUUCAUUAAAGCUUUAUGGACAGCCACAGACUUC